AUGUCUGAUGAUGAAUCGCUGAUGAAGACAAAACCGAAAGCCUUCACGCCUCUUCGAAGAACUGCCUCUGAAUCCCUCCCCAUUCGUGCCAAUCCUAAACCCACGCGGAGUGAUAUACAGCCGAUCUCGACGCUUGCCACUGCUGAACGAUACAUCUUGACGCGUCUGAGACACCGUCUCCCGCCUACCGCGCGGCCAUUGCAUGAGGCGUACUGGGUGCCGAAAUGGGGCGCUGAGGGUAAAGAAGGUGAGGUAUUCGUCUUUGGGAAUGGGAGCUUUGUAUGUUGGGGUCUUUCGGAAGAGGAUGCGAAGAGGUUUCAAAAAGAAGUGAUCGCUCGCUCAGAGGCUGAGGUCGCCCCCUUGGUGGAGGCGGAGACGGAAGAGCUCGAGUUUGUGACAGAUUCUUCAGAAAUUACGCGUUUGCAAGGGGACCUCAUCAUUCUAGGCGGUAGUCCCUCCCUAAGCACUCCAGAUGUAUUGCCUAGCUCGCUUCCUGCGUCUGCUUUCGAUCAGGAGACUCUGCUGGCACGAUACGCGUUUUCUCAGGCACUCUCACGCUCUACUGCCCUUUCAGCGCUCGAGGUGUCAUUAGAGAAUUAUCUGUCUUCUGUAUCUUCUCUCCCUCUGUCUCUCCAACGCACUGGGAAGCCGGGGCUAGGACGUCGAGCCCUUGUACAAAAAUUAGGAGAGCUCCUCAAAUUCCGUCAAGGCCUAAACCUGAAUCGGGAAAACUUCUACGAUACUCCGGAUUUCUAUUGGGCAGAACCUGUUCUUGAGGGCUACUUCAAUUCUCUCAGUAAUGCGCUGGAAGUGAGAGCGCGCAUACGAUCAGUCAACGAAAAGAUCACAUACGCUGCCGAGGUGCAAUCAGUGUUGCGGCAGCUCCUGACGGAGACCUCUGCCGCUCGGAUGGAACUUGUCAUUAUAGCUCUCAUUGCUGUCGAGGUCAUCAUUGUAUUGGUUCGUGAUGUCCCCGAAUUUUUGCAUUCUGAAGAGCCGGAAAGUCAAGGUGCAAAGUUGGCUUGA